GUAGUACUAGUCUAAGUUUUAUUUAGCUAAUAUUAUAUUUAUUGUUAGGUCAUCGAUUUGCCUAAUGAUUGCAAUUACCAAGUGGUGAAAGAUUUGAAAACAUUGGCUUUAGGUCCUUUGAAUUUGUGUUCAAUGCUUCAAUGGGAUUCUUGCAAUUGGAUUCAGAUUCCACACAAAGAAUACAGAAAUGAAAAGGGUACACCAAAAUAGUGGUGUUACAAUCAAAGGCAUUGCUAGGAAUAUGGAAAAAGAUUACUACGGGAUUCUCACUAACAUACUUGAGAUACAAUAUUUAGAUGGAAAGCGUGUGGUUUUGUUUCAUUGUGACUGGUGGGAUGUCAAUAGGGUAGGAAGAGGUGUCAAAGUUGACAAACAUGGCAAUGUGAGUGUCAAUAGUCUUUGUUCAUUGCGUACCAAAGAACCCUUUGUGCUCAGGUCUCAAGCUCAACAAGUCUUCUAUGUUAGUGGCGGACUUGAUCCCGAUUGGCUUGUUGUUGUGAAGACCCAUCCAAGGCAUCACUAUAAUGUUGUAGAAAAGGAAGGGACCGAAAGUGAAGAAGAUGCAUUGCAACAACUACAAUCUGAAGGUGCUCAUAUCUCAAGCUCAAGUAAUUUGCAAGAGACUCAUGAUCCAUUUGUUGAAAUAAGAGAUGAUAUUGGUGAAAUGAUCGUAGAUGCUACCAAGAAAAAUCAACCCAAAGAUCUAAAUGAUAUGGACUUACAAACAUUAGAUGACGACGAUUUGCUAGAGGAUGAUGAUGAGGAUGACAGUGAGAGUGACCAAGAGAGCGACGAUGAUGAUAUUGAUAUUGCUUAAUUUUUUUUUCUUUUUGUUUUUUUUAGCAUGAAUUGUAUGUGUUGAUACAUAUAUUCAUGGAUUCCUGAAAAACCUUUGUAGUUAUAAUUACUUAUUUUUUCACACUUUGCAUUCGUGUUUUUAUUGGCUUAUUUGAAUAGAUAUAUUCCAGGAUGUUUUUGUUUUAUGCACAGUUAUUGGUAAAUGGCUUGUAGUAUUUGACAGUAAUUGUACACCAUGUGUAUAGUAGCUGGCAGCAGCUUUGCAUUAGGGAUGUAGUGGAUGGUAGUAAAUUAUAUUAGGCAGUCAAUGUGCAUUACAAUUCUAUUGUAAAAUUGUCUAACCUUAUUUGUUUUUUACUUUGUAAAUGCAGAUGAAUGAGUAUGAAAAAAAGAGGCUUCUUACAAUAGCAGCCAACAAAAACAGACUUAAGUCGUUGGGCAUAAAAAGAGUCUCAUCUUCUUUGACAAGCUUGGUUGAAGGGACAAAAAAAAAAGAAAAAAAAGGAAAAAAAAUUGCUGGCAUGGAAGAUGAUGAAUAUGUUCCCACUAAUGAUGAGCUUGAGGUUCGGGAACGUGAAAUAUAACCUCAAAUCAGGUUUACAAGAAAGGCUAACAUAAGACAUUUGAGAGAUGGAAACAAAAAAGACAAUUUCAUUCCACCAAACACAGUGGCAAAGUUUCUAAAGACGAACAAGAAAGCACAAAACACAAUGGCCAUGGAUAUCUUAGAAAAAGAAAACGAUGAAGAAAUUGGAGAAACAAGGGAGAAUAAUAACACCGUUGAGGGGGGCUAUGAUGAGGAAGGACGACAGAUUGGUCAACCACUUGAACUUGAAGAUGCAUCUUUGGAUACUGAACCAUUGAAGGACAAGGAACUCUUGACUGUACCAGAGAAUGAGGACCUUAACAUUUCAUCAGGUCAACAAGUUCGAAAUAAAGCUAUAUGUUCGGUACAAGUUAAAUGUUGGGACGAUUAUAAAUCUGAAACAUUAGACCAUUUGUGGGCUUGCAUCACGAAGUGGUCAUUUGAUGACCCUGAAAAUAGGCAGGAGUGUGUUAUGAAACAUGCACAACGUUUAUUCAGAGGUGCUAGGAGAAAAUUGAAAUCAAAGUACUUUAAUGAUAAAAACUUGAAAACAAAAGAUGAACUUCUCAAAAAUAAGCCUAGUCAUCUAACUAAAGUGGAAUGGAAGUUCUUGGUUGACUAUUGGAGUGAAGAGGCGGUUAUGGAGAAGAGCAAAAAAGCAAGUGAAAGUAGGGCACAUCAGAAGAUGCCUCACUAUAAUGGCACUAAAAGCUUCGGUCGCACUAGACAAGAAAUAAGGAAGAAGAAUGGCGGGAAGUGUUCUCGAGUUGAUGUAUUGGUUGCAACUCGCACAAGAAAAUCCGAGAAGGCUGUGAAUGCAAUCAAUUUGGCAAAUAAAACUCAUGCAGUAGAUGAGAUAAACAAAUUAAAGGAACAAAGAGAGCAAGGUCUUAAUGAGAAAACAGAUGAGCAAAUUAUUCAGGAUGUGCUUGGCAAAGAUACACAUGGGUAUUUGAAAGCAUAUGGACCUGGUAGAAGUAUUACGCAACAUUUUAAAGUAAAGCCCUCUCGAAUUGAUCUUACUCAAGAGGUGAAUGAAGUUAAAAAGAAAGCAGAUCAAGCAAUUGAAGAUGCAAGAAAAGAAGCUGAAAAUGCUAGAACAGAAGCAAAACAGGCUAAAUUAGAAGCUGAACAAGCCAAAAAAGAGGCGGAAGCUGUUAAGAAUGACGUGGACAGAAAAAUUGCUGAUAAUAAUGCAGUUUGGGAGAAGAAGUUUAGUCAACUUCUGGAUUUUCUUUGAGCAGGAAGUUCAUCAGAUUCAUCAGAUUCUGAUGAUUCAGGAUGUCAAGGUUCAAAGGAAUGAAGUAACAAGGAGCGGAGCACAAACAUAUUGUCACAUGGUAUAUAUAGAGUAUAUAUUGUUCUUUAGCAACAUAAUUUGAGUGUUCUUUUUUUUUUUUUUUUUUUUUUUUUUGGUAAGAGUGAGCUAGUGAUGAGACAAUUGAUUUAUAGUAUGUUUGUAUGUAUGGAUAUCAAACUCAAGUAUGUUUGAAUGUACGGGAUUCCAAGACAUUAAUAUGAUUUUUUUAAUGUUAUGUAUCUAUUUCAGCAAUGACAAAUAUGACAUAUUUGAGGAAAACUCCAUCUGUAAUAUUCAGUUAUGCUUAUAUCAUAGAUAAUGCUGCAACAAAUUAAAGCUUA